CGGUGCACAGCCCAGCUGGGAUAUAAGCAAGUCACCCGGAGGACCAGGGGUAGCCGAGACAGCCGGGUGGGUCGCGUGGGACCCGUGCCGUGUCCCGUGCCGUGUCCUGUGCCGUGUCCUUCGCCUCGACGCCGGGCACCAUGGCGACGCCUUCGCAGAAGAGGAGCACCCGCAGCGGGGCUUCGGGGACCCCCUUGUCCCCCACCCGCAUCACCCGCCUGCAGGAGAAGGAGGACCUGCAGGAGCUCAACGACCGCCUGGCCGUCUACAUCGACAAGGUGCGCUCGCUGGAGCUGGAGAACGCCGGCUUGCGGCUCCGCAUCACCGAGUCGGAGGAGGUGGUGAGCCGCGAGGUGUCGGGCAUCAAAGCCGCCUACGAGUCGGAGCUGGCGGACGCCCGCAAGACCUUGGAUUCGGUGGCGAAGGAGAGAGCGAGGCUGCAGCUGGAGCUCAGCAAAGUCCAGGAGGAGCACAAGGAGCUGAAAGCCCGGAACGCCAAGAAGGAAGGGGAUCUGCUGUCCGCCCAGGCGCGCCUCAAGGACCUGGAGGCUCUGCUCAACUCCAAGGAGGCUGCGCUCUCCACCGCCCUGAGCGAGAAGAGGAACCUGGAGUCCGAAGUGCGGGACCUGAGGGCACAGGUGGCCAAGGUGAGCAGUGGCAGCCCUGUCCCCGUCCGCCUUAGGGUCCCCUGCAGCCGUCCACCGUGGGCUGGGACUGUGGGGUGGAGGUGGGAGGCGCUGGAGGCCAAGCCAGGCUGGCCCCGGGAGCAGGCAGUGACAGUCCCUCUCUUUCCACAGCUGGAAAGCGCCUGUAACGAGGCCAAGAAGCAGCUGCAGGAUGAGAUGCUGCGCCGUGUGGAUGCCGAGAACCGGCUGCAGACGCUGAAGGAAGAGCUCGAGUUCCAGAAGAACAUCUACAGCGAGGAGCUGCGGGAGACCAAACGCCGCCACGAGACCCGGCUGGUGGAGAUCGACAACGGGCGGCAGCAGGAGUUUGAGAGCAAGCUGUCCGAGGCCCUGCAGGACCUGCGGAGACAGCACGAGAACCAGAUCAAGCAGUACAAGGAAGAACUGGAGAAGACCUACAGUGCGAAGCUGGAGAACGCCAAGCAAUCUGCCGAGAGGAACAGCAACAUCGCAGGUGCUGCCCACGAAGAGCUGCAGCAAGUCCGCAUCCGCAUUGACAGCCUCUCCUCCGAAGUCAGCCACCUGCAGAAGCAGCUGUCUGCCAAGGAGGCAAAGCUGCACGAUCUGGAGGAAGCUCUGUCCCGGGAGCGCGAGACCAACCGGCGCCUGCUCGCCGACAAGGACCGGGAGAUGGCCGAGAUGCGGGCACGCAUGCAGCAGCAGCUGGACGAGUACCAGGAGCUGCUGGACAUCAAGCUGGCUCUGGACAUGGAGAUCAAUGCCUACCGCAAGCUGCUGGAGGGCGAGGAGGAGAGGUUGAGGCUGUCCCCCAGCCCGUCCUCCCACAAAGGACAUGGGAUCCACUUCUCCGGCUCGAGUUCAUCCAAGAAGAGGAAGCUGGAGGACAGCGAGAGCCGGACCAGCUUCUCCCACCAUGCCCGGACAAGCGGCCGCAUCGGUGUAGAGGAGGUGGACCUGGAGGGCCGAUUCGUCCGUCUGAAGAACAAGUCCAACGAGGACCAGGCGAUAGGGAACUGGCAGAUCAAGCGGCAGAAUGGAGACGACCCCAUCAUCACCUAUCGCUUCCCCCCAAGGUUCACCUUGAAGGCUGGCCAGACGGUCACGAUCUGGGCCUCGGGGGCUGGGGCGACCCACAGCCCCCCCACCGACGUAGUGUGGAAAAACCAGAGCAGCUGGGGCUGCGGGGACAGCCUGCGCACUGCCCUCAUCAACUCCAACGGGGAGGAGGUGGCCAUGCGGAAGCUGGUCCGCACCGUGAUCAUCAACAACGAAGACGACGAUGAGGAUGAUGAAACCAGCCACCGCCACCACCAUGGCAGCUGCGGUGACUCCGGGGACCCCGGCGAGUACAACCUGCGCUCGCGCACGGUGGUGUGCAGCAGCUGCGGUCAGCCGGCCGACAAGUCGGGCUCGCAGAACGCUGGCCUCAGCACCAUGUCCUCGGGCUCCUCCUCCAGCGUGACCGUCACCCGCAGCUACCGCAGCGUCGGCGGCUCUGGAGGUGGCAGCAGCCUUGGGGACAACCUGGUGACCAGGUCCUACAUCCUGGGCAGCUCCAGCCCCCGCCGGCAGGCUCAGGCCCCGCAAAACUGCAGCAUCAUGUAACUCUGCGGCACCAUUCCUGUGUUUCCUGGCCAUCUCGAGCUAGUUUAUUCCCAAAGCAAAAGAUUUUUUUUUUUCCUUUAAAAAAAAUGAAGAUAUCAAAACCAAGGUUGAAAUUUUUGUUUUCUAUAGCAGGAAUUUUAUAUAUAUAUAUAUAUUAAAAAUGCUAAAAGAUGCUUUUUUUUGUAAAGAAAAAUCUAUUUCUAUAAAAAAGAAAAAGCUUUUCAGCUUCACAACUUUUUUUAAAACUUCAGCCAAAGAAAUCAACAAAUAGUGUUUACUGAACAGCAAUGCAGGAAGAGAUUGUAGUUUAAUAGCUCUCUAGCUGAUACCUUUUUUGCCAAAGCUUUUUAUAUAGGACUAAGACAAGCGAAGCCAGCCCGGGUAUGUGUCGGGCGCUGCACGGUGGCUGGACCGGAGCUCAGAGGUGCUGGGGCAGAGGCUGGGCCACCCACACCAGCGCUGCUGCAGUGACCCCACUACACUCCUGGGCACGUGCCUUGGAGGGCUGCUGGCUCCAGCAGAGCCCAGAGCCUUUGUAAUCCCCCCCCCCUUUUUUUUUUAAAUCCAUAUCCGAAUUUCCCCAUGCUUUCCUUUUUUUUUUUUUUUUUUUUUUUGGUUAUGUCUCCACUGCAACAUCUCAGGGGGGCUCCCAGCAGCUUGUGGGCAGCGUCCUGGCUCGCUCUGUGGCCACGUGGGCAUUGCCACCUUCCCAGCCCCCCCCCGGCUCCACGCGUGGCACCCCCAGGCACCGCUUCCCCCCUGCGGGUUUCUCAGCAGCCGAGUUGUGCCUUAGCCAGGAGCCCCGCCACCAACGCAGCUCCGAGGUGAGUCCCAGGGGACGGCCGAGCUGCGUCCCGCUCCUGGCGGAUUCGGCUGAGGGGGCAGCGGACCCCGCUCCUGGGGGCUGGAUCCGGCCCCAUGCCUGACGGGCUUCAGCCCUGCCGUGUCCAGCCUGGCUCUCCUCCAGUGUAGGAGUUCGGGCGCCCGUUCCAGGGCAGGAUGAGGCCAAGGAUGCUCGGGCUGGGCUGUUUUGCCGGGAUGGCUGUUUGAGGGAGGGGGAUUUCGGGGUCUGGCAUGGGCAGCUCCCCUCCCUGCAAGGCUCCAGCCAGCUACCAGCAGAGAUUUCCACGUGUCGCCCCGCUGGGGGGAAGCCCCUGGCCCCUCUGUCUCCAGUGUGGCCCUGGGGCACAUUCAGGCCCCCAGCACAAGCCACCCCGCGUUCGGACCUGUGCUUGCAAAGCUUCUGUACCCGUGCCUGUAUCGCCUUCUGAAAUCAAUACAGCAGAAUCCUUCCCA